CGAGGAGAGAAAAGUGAUGAGGGAAACGCUUUCGUUCGCAUCGUGAAUCGUCACGUUUUGUUUGCGUUUCCCAAUUAUAUCUGUUUUCGUUUUCCAUUUCAUCUAGCUGAAACGCACUGAUUUUUUCCAAAGAGCUGCACACACUGGAACAUUAAAUAGAGGUUGAGCCGGAGGUCCUCCAAGUGAAACGAAAGGACGAGGAGGACUACUGUCCUUCGUAAGAUCCAUUGCAAGCGCAACAACUUCAAAAGAGUUUACACUUUGACAUGCCCACUGACCUGAACCCGUCCGCCGCCUACCUUCGGCAGCUGGUGCCAGGAGGUAGAGUGCUGUUGCCAGGAGCGUUGCUGCUCACCUGUCUGUCGAUUUCGCAGCUCUUCACUCCAUCAAGUAACUACCCCUGCGCCGUCGCCGAAGCCCGCCGGUUUGCGAAAGAAAAGAAGCAGGAGAAGAAAAAGCGCACUAGGCGCCAGCGGAAGUUGCGGGAAGAACAACACCAGAGACACGAAAAGAAAAAGCACCAACGCGGAAAGAGGAACAAAUCCGCUAACUCGCAGCUGGAUGAUAGCGAGUUGCGGAAAGAAGACGGCGCGAUCUCAGCGGGUGAAGGUGAUUCGUCACUUCUAUUCGGGGCGGCAGGUGGUCGCGGGUCGUGUAUGAACUGCAAAAGUAUCGUACCCGUUUUUAGUAGUUGCAGUCAUGCAAUACAAAUCAUUUUCUUAAGGUAAAUCCGCAUUACAAAUUGCAUUUCUCGCCAUGCAGAGGAAAUUUGUAGUGCAUUUCUACGAGUGUGAUACUAUUGCAAUUCAUAUCUUCGCAACUUCUGCAACCGGACGUCGAGAGCCGCCCGCUCGGCGAAGACGGCAAACCGUUCAUCUAUGACCCGCGCUGGUGUUACAAUCUCAUAGACGCGGUUACCGUAGAAACGGGGAUUUGUCAUGCAAGAAGUGCACGCCCUGGCCUGGCUUACUCUGCUCACAGGAAUACGCAUGGCAAGUUCUGGAGUCCCAAACCGCGGCACUAGAAUCUUCUGGCGGAAUUUGUACUGCAGAAAGUGGAAUAAAUGUGCUCUGCGAGUCUGUCAUGCUCAACAUCCUGCAAGACAAACUCGAAAUCCAGACUCUAUUGGAACAGUAGAGAUUGUAACACGACCUGAGCGGGCCAUAUCAUCGGGCCGCUGUUACCUCCUUCAACGGAAGGAUCCACGAGGGAUUGGAACACAUCUUCGCGCCCGUAUGACAGUGCACAACCCCCCUCUCCCUCAUUUGUCAUGCAGAAGACCCAGUCCACCCUUUGCCUCGUGGCAUUGUUUGCAUGACCAGUUCUGGUAGCCCAAAUAGAACUACACUCCAGCGCAAAUUUUUCAUGCAAAAGCGGCACUCUUGCUGGUGCUUGUACUGCCGCUCAUGCUAUACAAACGAGGGGGAGGGGGGGUUGUGCACUCUCAUAGCCCGGUCGGUGUAGACGGAUAUUAAGAGGAAAAAUCCCCCCUCCCCAUAUUGAAAAGGCAUGUUUGCGAAAAUUUGUGUUGCUGAUUUGAGGUCACAAAUCAGAUUUGUUUUGCAAGAAGACAAGGGCAGAAGCUUCCGCCCCAUUAUGGAAGCGAUUUCUCAUGCUGUUGGACCUAAAAGGGAGCCGCUUACCAUGCUGAGCAACUAGACGCAUACGCCCCUACCUAGCUUGGGGAUCUGACCGCAAUGCCUUCCUGCAAUACAAAGCUGAUUCGUGUACUCAAAUCCAGCAUCAGAAGUUUCGUUUUGAUAUGGGGAGGGGGGAUUUUUCCUUUUGAUAACGGAAAGCCGUUCAUCGGACCGCUGUUGCCAGUAUGCGUUGCAAAUAUGUCUGGGUCUGGAUGGAUUCGAAUUUGUGAUGCGAAUUCUACAUCAUGGCAAAAUCUGUCAUGCAUGGUCAGCAAAAGGCCCCAUUUUCUGUUACAAAAGAAAAACGGGGCAUUUGUCAUGCGGAUUAGGCAUUGGGAUACCGGCUCGGAAUUUGUGAUGCUAGGCCCUGCAUGCCAGACGAUCUGGGCUAGGCAAAAACUGCAUCACAAAUGUCUGCACCCUUCCAGACCCAGACAGAUUUGCAUUUGAUAACCAGUACCAGGUGGUCCUGGGGCUUCACCACAAACCGAGGCCGGAGGGAAUGACGUGAAAGAACCUCAAGACCCCCUCCAGUCGGCGCAAGGAUCGCAAGAAGGAGAUCCUAUUCGUGCCCAACCACACACGACAACGCUGGGAGCGGAUGACACGGAGCCCACGAGGACCGUAGUUUCUGCCUCACCGAGUAGUUUCCCCACCCCUGCCUCGUCGGCUCCUUUCUUCCCCGCAGACACGCUACCCACGCCUGCGGAAGAGUUGCAGACACUGGCGAACGAGGAACCGAAAGCGCAGGGUGUGAUCGAAGAAUCCUACACACCUAUUACGGACGAACAGGGCAAUGUGUAUGAAAUGCAAAAAUAUUGAUCCCUGGAUGUUCUUGUCUGGAAGUGUGCAACCUGUCAUGCUUCAACCUCUGGACUCGAAAAAAACCUGUAUUGCAUGAGCAACAACAAGACUUUACUUUUUCCUGCGCGGAAACAAGGGCCUUUGUUUCUCAUCAUACGGGGUAGGUAAGUUUCAAAAAGCCCUCAAAAAUAAAUCUGCGAAGAUGCUAGGACAUGCAUCACGGACAUCAUGGGUCAUGCAAAAUGUGCAUGACAAUCUACCGCACUCUUCCAGAGGAGGACCCAGACAUGUUCUUUGCAUUUUUUGAUAACGUCAUUGGACACUCGAAAUCUACCACUGUUUUCAUGGUCGGCGGGUCAGACUCAACCGGGAUGAGCUAUGGGGGUGUCAGGAUUGAAAUCAACAAAGUUGGAAUAACUUGUAAUGCAUGUUAUGGAUGAAAGUUGUGACCCAGAUACUAAGUGGCGCAUGGCAAAUUUUGGUAGAGCCAAAAUGCAGCUCCUCAUGCUGUUUGGGUAAGGGAGACGCCUUUUGUCAUGCUACUUUACAGCUCAGCUUCUAGCCCUCAACAGGCUUACAAUCUGCCUCACUUACCUACUCUGCAAGACAGGCACUCUGUGCGCUGCAGUUUAUGCAUGGCAAGCUAUAAUUUCAACCUUGACGAUUUCAAUGCUGGCACUCCCAUAUGAGCCCGCUGUUGCCGACAGGUGGUGGACCAGCGUUGCAGCUCCUCGACCCCGUGUUGAAGAUGCCAUCCGGUUUAUUUUCCGGGGAGGCAAGAACAGCGCCGGCGCUACAAGCCGAACGUGGUCCACUGCUGUACAACCCGCAACACGGGGGCGGGCUCCAGCUGGUGGGGGACCCGCGGGCCGGGGCAAAACAAGCCGCUGCGGUGGCCCAGCAGCAGACACGAACGGCCACGCCGCCGAAGCCCGCCUCAACACCCUGUGGCGGAGACGGAGAGACGUCUUGCGGCGGCUUCUUCCCACUAGACGCACCGAUGGAAAAGCCCGUGGCUGGUGCGGCUGCAAACACAGCAGGAGGAGCGGGGCCAGGUACGACCGCAGCAGCGGUGCCAGAAGCAACGCUGGCGCAACCAGGACGAGCCGGCGCAGCUGGAGUGUCCUCCCCUCCAGCUGGGUCGGCAAGAAACGCACCGGUGCUUCAUCCUGCUGCCGAACCGAUUCUCAUCGUGGACCAAGAGGGUGGGCCGCCUCCGGCGAAAACAAAUGCCGUCCUGCAAGUUGGUCCACCAGCUGCGACGGGAUACCAACAUGUGAUGCUGAGCAGUAGUUCCUCAUCUUCCGCAGCCGCCGCGACCACAUCUUUCUUGCAGGAGGGAGAACUGGAGGUGGGCGGUAAGGAACUACAGGAACAAGCUGCUCCUCUGCACACACCUCCUGGAAGCAGUAGAAGUCGGAGUAGUACAACUACAGCCUCGACGCCGCCCACCUCUCGCACUAGCGGGAGCUCGUUGGCAAACACGAAAACAGGAGUUCUUGCUGGCGCCUCGUCGUUUUUACAAGAAAGAGGCCAAGAACAGGAAAGCAGCCAAACGUCGUUACAACAAACUGCUUCUGGGCCGCCGCAGCCCCCGUCCACCGCUGCUCCGCCUGCGACCGCCGAAGGGACAGGUGCCAGCGACGGGGGGAAUAAAGCGGCGAACGAAGCUGGAGAUGCCGGCCGCAUCCACCGCAUUCGGCCGCAUCCGAAAUCCCUCGAUUCAUGCUGCGGGGACCCGGACGAAAAUAAAUCUGAGGUGGAGGAAGACACGUCAACUCAGGGGAGUCCGAAGGAAAUGAAGUCUGCGGGAGGAGUAAAAAAUCUGGAUGAAAAACAAGAUUCCCAGACGAUCAUUACCGCAACACCGCCGUCUUCGUCGUCUUUUCUCGCCACCUCCACCAACACUGCACGCCAAGCGAUCACCGUAUCAAAUGCAAAAAUGUCUGGGUCUGAAAGAAUGCAAACUCCUCAUGCAUAUUUGCCAUGCCCCAUGAGUUUCGGAAUGCAGGGCCGAGCAUGACAGAGUCUGUGACGUCUCUGUCAUGCCUAUCCUGCAUGAGAAACUCCCCCCCAGCUUGGUCAAAAGAGGACAGCUUUUGGCAGUCAUGCAACACAGAUUUUUGCAUGAUUUGGUUUUAGCAUGACAAGUUCCAAUCUUCCAGACAUUUCUGCAAUUCAUACACCGACGAAGCGGACGAAUUCAUGAAGCAAGCCGUCGAGCAGAACGACGAGGAUAACCUCGGGGGGGAAGGGAAGAACGGGCACGGCAACCCCAAUGAUCCGGAGCACCGCAGAGGAAGUAGAUCUUGCGGAGGAGGUAACUCUUGCGGCGGCGGAGAGGCCGAUGAAGGUGAAGGGAAUAAAGGACGGGGUAAAGGAGAGCAGGAGGAAUUAUCAAAGUGAAAAAUCUCCCCUCCCCACAUCAAAACGAAAUCUCUGAUGCUGGAUUUGCGUACACAAAUCAGAUCUGUCUUGCAGUAGAGGACUGCAGGCCCAUACCAUGCCAAUGGAGAGAGGUUCUGGCCUAGGCUCUUAGCAUGAGGAACGUCUAUGCUGUAGGCCGAACAGCAUUACAAACCGCCUGCAUAUGAUGGGGCGGAGCCUAUGCCGUUGCUUUCUUGCAAGACAGACGCGAUUUGUGGCCACAAAUCAGCAUCGCAAAUUCUCUAUAGGCAUGCCUUUUCGAUAUGGGGAGGGGGGACGUUUCCUUACGAUAGGAGCCACGAGCUGCGGGCGAGGUGCCGGAGCCGGGGAAGGAAGGAGGUGGUGGUGAAGGGAACGCUAUCUUCAAGACGGUAUUGGGACGAGAACAAGAGGAUGGUGCGUCCUCUGCGACAUCGAGUGACACUGCAAACAGAAACGCGACUGCGAGUGAAGAUACGAAGACAAGAACUUCUGCGGCUGGUGCGACAACACCCUCCGCCGCGUCGUCGUUCUUAGCUACCUCCGAGGGGAGAAACAAGAUGAAACAAGAGCCGGCAAAGAAGAAAAAGCAGGAGGCGUCCGACGAGGAGGAGGAUGAGGGUGGAAGUGAUGAUGGUGGCAACGACGAAUACAGUGGUGGUGAGGAGGAGGAAGAUGAGGCCGCUCCUCCGAAAAAAGGAGCAAACAAAGGCGGCAAAAAGGGCGGGAACAAUAAACAAGAAGAAAGCGAAGACUCAGACCCCGACGUUAUGUACGCAGACGAUUUUUUGGGCCUGAACUCCUGUUGCGGUGGCAACACACCGGUGACGCAGCCGCCCCCGUCCGAUGAAGAGGAAGUAGAUAAGCGGCCCUCAAAGUCGUCUGCAAAAACGAAAAAAAAGAAACAGCCACCGUCCGACGAAGAGGAGGAGGGAGAAGACGAGGAAGAGGAGGAAGACGCAGCAGCAUCGACCAGUAGUAGCAGCUUUUUGGCCACAACGACCGGAAGGAAAAAAACUGCGACUGCCAGGUGGAAGGCGAAGAAGAUGUUGAAGAUGCAAAGCAAGAAACGCAGCCACGCGGAACCAGAACAACCCGACGCAGCCGAGAUUGCCCCACGACUCCCCGAACAAACGGCACCGAAGGAAGAACAACCAGCGGAGGAAGAAAAGCAGGAGGGUAGUAGUACGACCAGUGCUAGCACGACGGGUGGCUGCUGCGAUUCCGAUCCCAAGUCUGGGCCCAUGGACAUGUCGGAGGAGGGCGGUAGCGCUAAAAUAAACAAGAGUACUAGUAGUACAGAAGAAGAAGCCGUGCCGGCCACUGAAGUAGAUGACGACGAAGAGGCAGCGGCGGCCUCCUCUUCGUUCCUGUCCGCGACGGCUUUAGAGGGUGAAGAACCGCCGUCUGCGAAAAUUUUCACUGCCCCAUCUUCGUUGUCCGAUGUGGCGAGAAGCGCUGUGCUGGAAACGAUAACGAAACGUGUGAAGACCUCAUCUUUGGGAAGGACGAGUGAAAUAAGUCCUGCGGAUUCCAUGAUCACCGCUCCCAGCGACGACCACACGCAGGAGGAACUGCCGAGUAGCACGACUUCUGUCUCUAGGCCGGCGAACAUCUGUUGUUUCCAGACACGGGCACAUCUUGCAUGACAACGUCUUUCAUUGUGUUCCUGCUGCCUUGCGCAGCAUUACAAAGUGAUGCAUAGGAGCAGCUUUUUUUGGGUAGUAGAACUUUUUGCCAGAAACAGAAGUUGAACUUGUGAUGCAAUUUGUACCUAAACGCCGGGACAAUAUUUGUAUUGCAUACUCUCCAUGCUUUCUCUCGACGAGGAACUGAACGUGAUUGCCGAGACGAAAGUGCCGCUGGGGACGAGUAUGGAAUGUAGAUAUGUCUGGUUCUGCAUGACAAAAGAGGUCGCGACUUCGUUUCAUGCACUACAGAUUCAGAUCUGGUAGUUAUGUCUUGCAAAUCAUCUCGCAUGAGAGAUCUUCCAGAGCAGGACCCACACGACAUAUUUGCAAUGCAUCACGAGUUCCCAGGCGCAGCUCGCGAAGGAAAACAGCGGGAUUGUGGAGGCGUACGCGCCACCCGCCGCGUCACCUGCACCGGCGGAGGAACAGAAAAAGGGAAACACGACAUCGAGCGUUAUCAAGUGUAAAAAUGUCUGGGUCUCCUGGAAGAUUGCCAGGUUUGUCGUGCAUAUUUUGCAUGACCAAUGACGCCUGUAAUGCAUGCCCUAGCACCCCAGAUUUUUAGAAGGCUUCCUGAUGCUUAUUCCGCAUGAGAAAUGCCCUCCCCGUGUAGCACAAAAUGGACUCCUUUUGCUAGUCAUGCAAUACAGAUUUUUUUGGAAUCCAAAGACAGCAUCACAAGUUACCACCUUCCAGACCCAGAUACUUUUGCAUUUGAUAAGCGUGAACGAACGCGGAUUUGCCGUGACGAACGAUCCGAUAUGGUGAGCAAAAACGUCCCCACCCCAGAGUCAAGAUGGGAAAUCUGCUAUACAAAUCGCCAGGCUUCGGCUGUUGCGGAGGACAAAUUUGGGCGAGGAGUUUGAUCGUAUUCAGCUGGUGCAACCGCAUCACAGAUCCACCAGCAUACUUCUAUGCUGAUUCAAGCAUCACAAAUCUCAAAACACCGAAUAGAAACUGCUUCUCAUGGGAGGUCUACUCCGCAUGAGAAAAGUUUUCAGCAUGCAGAUUUGCAUUACAGCUUUGGGGAGGUGGGGACGUUUUUCCAAAUGAUAUCCGAACGACCCGAACUAUGACGACGGAAGAUUCAAACGCCGGAAGAAGCCCAGCUGUGGUUGCGGGGACUGUGCCGCGGCCUGCGCCGGGGGAGAAGAAGAGGAAAAAGUUGUAGACAAGGCUGCGGUCACCGCCAGCACUCCUACGGAACAACAGCAACCAGCGCAGACAGUGGCGCAGCCAGCACCGGCUGCCACGACGGCCCCAUCGACAGCUGCCUCGUUUUUGGAGAACCUCCACGGCCCGUCGUUUGCGGAGAUGAAGACGACGGCGGUACUACUAGCGGCGGAAGAAGAAGGAAAAGCCCCCGCCCCUGUCGUGGUGUUCGAGAAACGAAACUUGAGGGGGUCGAUGAAAAAGCAAAAAGAACUUCUCGCCGCGGCGGCUGCGGCGGGAGCGGGAGCGGGGGAGGAAGGAGCGUGAAAGGGAAAGGUUGACAGAUGAGGACGAGAAAAUGCUGAUGUUGUUCAUCCAUCAGAAAUGAGUAUCAGACAGAACGCUUAAUACCGAGAAAAAUUUUAUCAACUUCAUUUCGGAUUGUUUAUGAAGUUUAUCUAUUCGCCUGUAAGAAUUGCUAAAUCUUAUCAAAGAUGUUCUACACGACCAAAUUAAGUUUCACUUCUUGACAAUGAUGUACACUUGCCUCCGCGGCUCGGAAAUCGAUAUGCUUCUACUGCUGACAGAUAUCAUGUUUGAAAAAAUGUAUCGCAAAUUUUUAGCCGGCUUUCUACAACGUAUCGCCGCAUUACUACUCACGACGCGUCGAAUUUUGCUUGCAAACUGAAAAAAGUAAGAGUAGCCUGUAUGUGUACAAGACGAAAAAAGUAAAAGCGUGUUGAAGCUGAUGCGCAAACGAUGAAGAAAAAACUGUAUACGACCUAAUAUGUACUAUCAAUUCUACGGACCGGCUUGGCGUGGUGCA